AUGGAAAAUACUUUUUUGCAGACUUACAAUGUAAUAAUAAAAACGAUAACUUUAAUCAGCACAAUAAUAUUGGUUGGUUUAGUGAUCAGAUUUCACGUUAUCGAAGUUCAGCUUUACAUGAACGCAAAUAGUGCUGAAGAUUGGCGUAUUGCAAUAACUUUUCAACAUUUUUUACAAAUCAUUGCGGAAAUAUUAGCCUGUGCAAUUUGUCCAUUACCGUUCACUGUCAGGGUUCCCAUGUUUGGUGGAAAAGCAGUAUCGCUUGACGUGAUGCUUUCUAUACCAAUGUUUUUUCGUCUCUACUGGGCAUGGAGAACUCAUUUGUUGCACAGCAGGAUGUUUACCGAUGCGUCGUCGAGGAGUAUUGCCGGUUUGAAUCGUGUAAACUUUAAUGCUCGUUUUAUCAUGAAGACUUUGAUGACUCUUUGUCCAGGUACAAUGCUGAUCGUUUUUACUGCAACACUUUGGAUUGUUGCCGCAUGGAUACUCCGACUCUGCGAAAGUUCAUCAGAUUUUGAUGCUGUAAGAUCUCCAGAUGACAUGAAACACAAGAAUUAUUUGAAUUCACUUUGGCUUAUUGCUAUCACCUUUCUAUCAGUCGGAUACGGUGAUAUCGUGCCGACAACGCACUGUGGCAAAGCAGCUGCUGUGGUUACCGGAAUUCUAGGCACCUGUACAUCUUCAAUGAUUGUUGCAGUAAUUGCUAGAAAAUUAGAAUUGUCUCGAGCUGAAAAACAUGUUCACAAUUUUAUGAUGGAUACUCAACUGACGAAGAAGCUGAAACACAGUGCCGCAAACGUGUUACGAGAAACGUGGUUAAUUUACAAAAACCGUCGUCUGGUUGAAAAAAUUGAUCCUGCAAAAAUCCGAUUACAUCAACGAAAAUUUCUUAUUGCAAUUAAUUCAUUACGACAGGUUAAAAGAGAGCAACGGAAACUUGCGGAAAAUUCAGUUUCACUUGGAGAUGUUGCAAAGACAACUUCUGGCACCUAUGAACUGAUUCAUGAAAUGCAUUCGGUUCAAGAAACAAACUCUGUGCGCCUAACGGCUUUAGAGCAUCAAGUAGGAGAAUUGCUUCGAGAGACGUCUGAAAUCAAAUCAAAACUAGACGACUUCAACGAACUGAAGACCGGUCUCAGCUCAUUGGUACGAUCGCUAGCUUUGAGUGCUGACGACAACAACCUAAGUUCAAUGAAUCUGGUUAAAAACGUCUGCUACACUUGA